ACGCCUCCCUAAGGGCAUAUCACCAGCUUGAGGGAUAUUCUAUGUUCCGAGAUGGCUAUACACGAGGUAUUGAGACGGUGCCAUAUCCCAAUACUGCCUUUGUUGCUGUGAAAGCCAAUGUGAAACCGCGGACGAAUGAUAAAGAUCCAGUAUCCAAGAGAGGCUACUACAGCUGUUGGAUCAUGAUGAAGAACAGUGACGAGGGAUCCAUUCAUUCUGCUUAUUGCAGUUGCAAAGGAGGCAUUGAUGGAUGCUGUCGACAUGUUGUGGCAACCCUCUUCGAAGUCCUUGACUUUGUACAAGACUUCAAGAGGACCAGCUGUACUUCAGGGCCAUGUAUGUGGGUUCGGCGUGCUUCUCAGGCCGAUCAACUAGGCAAACCUAUUCCUGCCUCACAACUUGAGACUUCAAUUAUGGUGGAGCCCAGCACACAGACAGCAAUGCCACUGUAUUCGCCAUUGUCUGAUGAGUAUCCAGUGCCAGAUCCUAACGAUUUCCUUGAAAAGGUGAAAACUCUUCAACCAACAGCCUGCGGAUUACGUGCCAUGUAUGACUGCUCAUAUAAAAAGAAUUGUACUUCAUCACCUCUGAGCGUCAAAACACCAAUGGAAAGAGCUGAACAAUUUAUGAAGGAACAUAUAUGUGAAAAUUUAUCUUGUAACUGUUCUAAUAUAUUUAUGUAUUAUUAUCUUACUUAUUCAGAGAAUGAAUGUGAGCAAAUUGAACAAUUAACAAGAGGUCAAUCAAAAAAUAAUAACUGGCAUCGGAUGAGAAAAGGACUAUUAACUGCAUCCAAUUUUCAUAAAAUUACACAUUCAACUGAUUUAAAUCGAACAGCAAUUGCGUUACAAAAAAAUCAGUGUUUGCAGAAAACUCUAUUCCAGACUCCAUAUUAUUUGGGCAGCGAUUUGAAAAUAAAGCCCGUGACAUUUUUAUAAAGACACAUAGGUUUAAACAUAAACAUUGUUCUGUAAAAGUUCCUGGGCUAGUUGUUUCUAAUGAAGACCCAAUUUUAGCUUGUUCACCAGAUGGAAUAGUUGAUUGCAAAAUAUGUGGGAAAUUUUUGAUUGAAAUAAAGUGUAUGUAUAAAUAAAUAUAAGUGUUUUCACCCUAAAAAUGCCUUGAAACUUUCAAAUGUCUGUGUUGAAGAUGAAAACAAUAAUUUAACAUUGAGGCGUUCACAUACAUAUUUUGACCAAGUACA